AUGAAUGGCACAGAUAAACGGCCACUGCUCGCUAUUGGCAGGAGCAAGAAGCCCCACUGUUUCAAGGGGAAUCGCAGGCUGCCAGUAAGCUACACCAUGAACUUGAAGUCGUGGAUGACGCGCCCAAUUUUUAGCAGCUGGCUCCAGUCACUCGAUGCCGACAUGCGGAAGGCAAACAGGUCGGUCUGCCUUCUUCUUGACAACUGUAGCGCCCAUCACGUCGACAUGCAGCUCAGAAACGUGCGCCUGGCGUUUUUUCCACCAAACUGCACUUCGGUGCUGCAGCCUCUCGAUCAUGGAGUUAUUCGCAGCGUGAAGUGUGCUUACAGAGAGAGGCUGAUUCAGCGUUUGCUGCUGAAUAUAUGUAUGAAGCACCCCACUGACGAGGACUUGUUCAGGGCCCUAGAGAUGAUCACCGCCGCAUGGAUUGUGACGAGUCCAGCCGUGAUAACGAAUAGCUUCACACAAGCCAGCCUUGUCACUCUGCAGGCAUCAUGCACUGAUCCAGCAGAACCGAAAGAAGGUUCGCCUGUAGGCGCACUUGAUGACGGUAUUGGUGACAGGGCAGUGCCACCAUCACUGACCAGUGCACGGGGCGAACUUUGUGCCAUGGCAAACGAGAUUCUCGAUGGCCUCAGCAUCCAUGAGUUUGUUUGCGCAGAUGAAGGCAUCGUCGUGCACAAAGUGACUGAUGAAGCCAUCGUCAGUAGCGUGUGCAAGGCGGCGGAUCCCGAUGAGCAACGACCAGAGCAGCCAGAGAAAACAAGUCCAUAG